UCUCUCGGCACAAAAAUUAUUUAACCUUAAACAUGGAUGAUGAUGAUCAUUAUCAAAGUGGUUAUGAUGAUCAUUACCAAAGUGGUUCUUUUCCUAAAGAUUUUGGAUAUGCACCAUUCGAUGGAGAAACUGAAGGAUCUAUGGAUCCAUUAGCCGGAGAACAAAAACCUAGAAUACUUUUGAUGGGUCUUAGACGUAGUGGCAAGUCAUCAAUACAAAAGGUGGUCUUCCAUAAGAUGUCACCAAAUGAGACAUUAUUUUUAGAAAGUACAAAUAAAAUAAUUAAAGAUGACAUAAGUAACUCAAGCUUUGUACAAUUUCAAAUAUGGGACUUUCCUGGCCAAAUUGAUUUCUUUGAUCCUACUUUUGACAGUGAUAUGAUUUUUGGUGGUUGUGGAGCACUAGUAUUCGUGAUAGAUGCACAGGAUGAUUACAUGGAGGCACUUAAUAAACUUCACUUGACUGUUACAAAGGCAUACAAGGUUAAUCAAGCAAUUAAAUUUGAAGUUUUUAUCCAUAAAGUGGACGGAUUGUCGGAUGACUGUAAAAUGGAAACACAAAGAGACAUACAUACGAGAGCUAAUGAUGACUUAGCAGACUCUGGAUGUGAUCAAAUACAUUUGAGUUUUCAUUUGACCUCAAUAUAUGAUCAUAGUAUAUUUGAAGCAUUCAGCAAAGUUGUUCAAAAGUUAAUACCACAGUUGCCUACUUUAGAAAAUUUACUCAAUAUACUUAUAUCGAACUCGGCUAUUGAAAAAGCAUUCCUAUUUGAUGUUGUCUCAAAGAUUUAUAUCGCAACAGAUAGCUCACCUGUUGAUAUGCAAAGUUACGAAUUAUGUUGUGAUAUGAUUGAUGUCGUUAUUGAUGUUUCUUGCAUAUAUGGAUUGAGAGAGGAUUUGGAAGCUGCUGCGUUUGACAACCAAAGUUCCAGUUUAAUCAAAUUAAAUAAUGGUACAAUUUUGUACUUGCGUGAAGUGAACAAAUUUUUGGCAUUGGUCUGUAUUUUACGAGAGGAUAAUUUUGAUAGACAAGGUGUAAUAGACUAUAAUUUUCUUUGUUUUCGUAAGGCGAUACAGCAAGUAUUCGAAUUACGAAACAAAGCAUUAGCCGCAACAAGUGCGAACAAUCACUCAUCAUCUCCCGUUAGCACGAAUGAAACAUCAAAUCCUUCUACGGUAUCGCAAUCUGGAACCAUUGGACAAAACGAUGCUGGCAUCAACUUAUCUGGAAGGGAUCGGAUGGAAAACAGGAUAUCGGAAGUUGACACAUUGGAUACCAAUUAUAACAUAGAAGAAUGAAUCAAAUACAUUUAUGCGAUUCUUAUUUUAAAAAAUAAAUUAACAUCUCUCAAUUACAGAUAGAAAAACAAUUAUCUUAAAUAUUAAGUACAUAAUGCUAUAUUAUAAAUAUUACAGAUCUUUGUG